AUGGAUUUGAAGGUUUAAUCUGAAAAAUGCAUUUUUUCAAACACCAACAAUCAUUCCUUUGGUCCAACGGCUAAAGCAAUUAAAAUAAAUCAUAAAAGAUUAAAGAGAGAAUCUAAAAGUGUGAUGGAAGUCUCUUUUAAAAAAAAUGAUUAAAUUAUAAUAGUUGAAAAUUGGAAAUAGUACAAUUAAGAUGUCAGUAACCUUGAGUAACCUUAACCACCUGUAAAAAAAUUUAAAGAGACUAGUUGUACAGCCUGUAAUAUAUUUUGA